UUUUCAGCUUCCUCAAGUUUUCGAGUCAGUUUCGGGUAAGGGAGCUCACUGGAAAAUUUACAAUGGAGGCACUUGGGAAUUUGGCACUCGACACCGGAAGGAAGUAUGUCAAUCUGGGUGAUAAUCUAAGGUCGCUCGAAACGAAGUUGCAAAGAUUAAGCAACAGGAAAAUUGACUUCCAGUCGAAAGUAAAAGUUGCAGAAAGAUCAGCUACUAAGAAAAGGAAAAGGGAGGUUCAGAAUUGGUUUGAGGAGGUAGCAAAAAUAGAGAAUGAAUUCGUUCCAUUGAAAAAGAGCAUAAAAGAGGGUGGAUUUCUAGAAAAUGCGUUUAGCAGUGGGAAAAGAGUGGAGAAAAUGGACGAGAUUGUAGAGCAACUGAUGGUGCAAAGUGAUAGUGAUCAUUUUGGUGAGCUUUGUCUUGAGAUUUCUGAGAGCAGAGGUGAGCCACGAGAGGCAACAGAAUUAUUUGGAGAAAUGUUUCGUAAAGGUCUGGAAACAAUCCCGGCAUGGUUGGACACCAAUGAGAUCUUAAGGAUUGGGAUAUGGGGGAUGGGAGGUGUGGGUAAGACUACAUUGGCGGAACACAUCCAUAAUCAUCUCCUCGAGAAUACUCAAUUCAAGGUUUAUUGGUUUUCUGUCUCCCAAGAUUUUACCAUCAAAAGGCUGCAAGGUGACGUUGCUAAACGCCUAAGGCUUGAUCUGUCAAACGUGGAUGAUGAAGGAGUAAGGGCACGCAGGUUACGUGACACAUUCGAGAAAAUGGAGGAAAUGGUAGUGCUCAUGUUGGAUGAUGUUUGGGAAGAAUUUCGUUUAAACAGCUUAGGGAUUGAUGCAAGAAAUUGCAGACUGAUUUUGACUACACGCUCAGAAGAAGUGUGCAACCAGAUGCAAUGCCAUCGCACUUUUGAGUUGAAAACUUUGGACACAGAGGAAGCUUGGGGUUUGUUCAAGCGUACACUCGGCAGCGAGACCUCGCUUGAUGGAGAUUUGGAAGGCAUUGCCAAGUCCAUCACGGAAAGGUGUGAUGGUUUGCCUCUUGGUAUUGUCACAGUGGCUGGGAGCAUGAGAGGUGUGAGAGACAUCUGUGAGUGGAGAAAUGCAUUGGAAGACUUGAAAGCAUGUUCAGUAGGGCACGAUAAGAUGGAAAAAAGGGUGUUUCGCAUCCUGGAAUGGAGUUUCAAUCGCCUGAAUAAAUGUGAAAGGAAUUGCUUCUUGUAUUGCUGUCUUUAUCCGGAAGAUUGGAAAAUAAAAAGAAAGGAACUAAUAGGCCUGUUUAUUGGGGCAGAGCUGAUGUCAAAACGGGAAUCAUGGUCAAAAGCAUUUGAUCAAGGUCAAACGAUAUUAAACAAACUGAUAAAAGUUUGCUUGCUGGAAGAAACUCACGAUUUCAUUGAUGAAUGUGUGAAGAUGCAUGAUUUGGUCAGAGAUAUGGCUUUAAGGAUCACGCAUGGAAACUCCAAACCAGAGAGCAGUAGAGAUGAUGUACCACGAUUCUUGGUGAAAAGCUUAGGACAGGAAGAUUCAAUAGUAGCACCGGAACAAGAAGAGUGGACACAAGAUCUCCGUGCAGUUUCCUUCUAUUCACAAAAUUUCAAAGGAAUAGAAAUUCCACCAGCCUGGUCACCAAAUUGUCCUAAACUCUCAACCUUGCUUCUUUCUCAGGUUUUCAUAAGAGAAAUCCCAGAUUCAUUCUUUCAUCACAUGAGUGGACUUAAAGUUUUGAAUCUAUCUUGGUGCCGAGGUAUAGCAGAGUUGCCUAAUGCUGUUUCAAACUUGGUGAAUCUCACUGCCUUGAUUUUGGGGGGUUGUCAAGGCCUCCGAUUUGUGCCACCGCUGGGAAAGCUCAAGCAAUUGAGGGAAGUGAACCUAUCGUGGACUAGAAUUCAGGAUUUACUGGUCAACCUCGAAAGGUUGGGAGUCACUGGUCAACCUCGAAAGGUUUAACUUGAACGAGUGUCGGAGUUUAAGACGAAAGAUAAUAGUACCAAAAGGGACAUUUUCCCAAUUGCACCGUCUUCAACAGCUAUUAUUGCCACGCUAUGGUGGGGUACAAGUUAAUGAUCCAGAAGUGUUGAAUCAAUUAGAAAGUUUUAUAGGAUGUUUGUCUUUUACGAACUUCUAUAAAAUUACUCGGUGGCCAAAAUAUUAUAAUGUUUAUAUCAAUGACAUCUUAACCAAGGAUCGGGUUCGUGAACUUGAUGAUUAUGGGAACCAGAAAGAACUGUAUUUCCAUCAGUGUAAGCUUGGUAGAGGAUCGAACUAUCUGCCGGAUGAUAUGGAAAGUCUGAUAAUCGAUGAGUGUGAGGGCAUGGGCAUUAGGUUGCCAAAUCUGGUUGGUCUUUUUUACGGAGAAUCAGAACCAUAUUUGCUUCCAGCUGGCACCUUUUCUUCCCUUCAAAUCUUGUGCAUUUCUGGAUGUCACAACAUGAAGCAGCUAUUCACAGUGCAGUUGCUGCAGAACCUUCAAAAUCUUGAAGCAUUAGUAGUUGAAGAUUGUGAAGGACUGGAGGAGAUAGCAGCAGAUGGCAAUGGAGGAGGAGAAGGCAUCCGAUUGACUUCAAGUGGAGCCACCGCCACUGUCAUCAUCCUUCCAAAAUUUAGGCUGUUGCUUUUGAAAAGGCUGCCACAACUGAAGAACAUUUGCAAGGCAGCCAUGAUCUGCGAUUCAAUUGAGGAGAUUGCAAUAUUCGAUUGUCCAAAGGUAAAGAGGCUGCCUUUGUUUCCUCCUACCAUCAACGGACUACCAUCUCUUCCCAACACUCUUUGUAAAAUCAGGGGAGAUAAAGAAUGGUGGGAAUCACUAGAGUGGGACAACCCUUGUGCCAAAAAUGCCCUUGACCCAUUUUUUACCACACAGGCGCGAAGUUCGUUUUUUCGUUGAAGACCACCUGUUUGAUCAAAAUCCUGCCUGGUUCUCAUUAUUUCUUAGGUUAUAGGUAGCCACAAAAUUGCCACUGCAAGAGGAGUGAUGUUGCAAAAACAAGUGUUAAUUGAAGCCUUGUCCACCAGUACAAAAAUUCCUUUCAAGACGUGCUUCUUCUUUCGCUGUAUUACAGUUGCUAUUUUUCAUCAUCUUUAGCUUUCUAUUCCUACCUAGAUGGUGUUUUUUCUGUACAUGAUUGUAACUGGAGCAAUGAUACAGUUUUUUGCGACUAUUCCUUGAUUACCAACAAAACUGUUUUGGGGUAUUAUGCCAAAAUUUUUUGUCAUAUAGUACCCCAAGAAUGUGAUUUCGCUCUACCAAUUUAAACCUUUCUAGGUGCGUGCUUUUUCCA